AUGAUGAUACUUAAUCCUUUUGUAGUUAUAUUUUUUGGGGUUUUGAUUUGCACAAUUGACAUUAUUUAUGGUAGAAAUAUUGACAGAGAGGAGACUAGAUCCCUUGAACAUGUUGAGAGUACUAGUAGGACUGGUUGCUCUACAAGUGACAAGGAAUGUGGCGGCGAGCAUGAGGAUAUUACACAAACCACACUCGACGAAAAACAUGGAGUAAUGUAUGGGCAAGGUACCACACAAAGCUACGUUGGUGAUGAUCACGUUAGAAGCAACAAUGACAACAAAAAUGUGAACAUAAACGUUAAUGAAAAUGGAUAUCAUAUAAAAAAUAAUGACAGUGGUUUUUGCAUCGGUUAUUGUAAUAUGAUCAUUAACAAUACAACCAACAUUGACAGCAAUAACGGCAGCAACAAUGUCAUCGGAAGUGGAAGCAACAAUGGUAACAUUAAUGGAAGCAGCAACACAAAUGGAACUGAUAACAUUCCUGGUAGCGGAAACAACGAUCCCAUCAUCGUUUCCAUCGGACAAAAUAAUGGAAAUGGUAACGCCAACGUUAACCCAGGAUCAGGAGGGAGGACAAACUGGUCACAUACUAAUCAGAACCUAUGA